AUGACAUCCUUGGUCAAAUUAAACUCAGGAUAUUACAUUCCAUCUGUUGGUCUUGGUACUUGGCUUUCGAAGCCAGGUCAAGUUGGAAAAGCACUUAAAAUCGCUCUGAACAACGGUUAUAGACAUAUCGAUUGUGCGCAUGUAUAUCAAAAUCAAAUUGAACUGGGUGAAGCUCUUGCUGAGGUUUUCAAAGAGAGCAGUCUGAAGCGUGCUGAUGUAUUUGUCACUUCGAAAAUAUGGAAUACUUUUCAUUCAUAUGAAAUGGCCAAGAAGGAUAUAGAUAUCAUAUUGGGUGAACUUCGCCUGGAUUAUCUAGACUUAUGCCUCAUCCACUGGCCACAGGGAUAUGAAGAAAGUGGUGAAUUUUUCCCCAAGAGACCUGAUGGCGAAAAAAUGAAGUAUUCCAAUAUUGAUUAUUUGGAUACAUGGCGUGCUAUGGAAGAGUAUGUAAAAUUGAAAAAAAUCCGCUCUAUUGGAUUGUCGAACUUUAACCACAAACAGAUUCUGCGAGUGAUCAACAACUGCACCAUCAAACCGGCUGUUUUGCAGGUUGAACUUCAUCCGUAUUUCCAACAGCUCAAACUGUACAGUUUCUGUCAGGAAUACGGAAUAGUAAUGACUGCGUAUAGUCCGCUAGCCAAUCCCGCGAUGCCAUUCAGAAAAGCAACAGAUGCUGUCUUACUUGAUGAUCCCGUUAUUCUUAAGCUUGCGGAAGUGUAUCACAAGUCAUCAGCACAGGUAGUGCUACGUUGGGGUAUCCAGCGUGGAUUGGUUGUUAUCCCGAAAUCAGUGACUGAGAAGAGAAUUAUUGAAAACGUCAAGAUUUUCGACUUUGAACUCAAACCCGAUGAUAUGGCACUGAUCAAUGGCUUGGAUAAAAAUUGGCGUAUUCUAGGUCUUUCAAGAGAUGCAGACCAUCCUUUCUUCCCAUUCAAUGAAGAAUACUGA